GAGCAGGUGCCGGACAUGGCGGGUCGGAGCGAGCCCCGCGCCUCCGCCUCGGCCGCCGCCGCCCCCGCGCCCGCGCCCGGCCUCCUGCCGCCGCUGCUGCUGCUGCUCUGCGCCGCCGCGCUCAUCCCUCGAGGUGGCGGACAGAACCUGGUUACAGAGGAUGUGACGGUAGUGGAGGGAGACGUGGCCACCAUCAGCUGUCGAGUCAAAAACAGCGAUGACUCAGUGAUUCAGCUGCUGAAUCCCAACAGACAGACCAUUUACUUCCGAGACUUCAGGCCGUUGAAGGACAGCAGGUUUCAGUUAGUGAAUUUCUCCAACAGUGAACUCCGAGUGUCAUUGACAAAUGUCUCCGUUUCUGAUGAAGGAAGAUACUUCUGCCAGCUCUACACUGAUCCUCCCCAGGAAAUUUAUACUACUAUUACAGUGCUUGUCCCGCCACGCAAUUUGAUAAUUGAUAUCCAGAAAGAAAUUGCCGUCGAAGGAGAAGAGAUUGAAUUGAACUGCACUGCCAUGGCCAGCAGACCAGCCACCACGAUCAGAUGGUUCAAAGGGAACAAGGAGCUAAGGGGCAAGUCUGAAGUGGAGCAGUGGUCUGAUAUGUAUACAGUGACCAGUCAACUUCUGUUGAGAGUGGGACGGGAGGAUGACGGCGUCCCUGUCAUCUGUCUGGUGGAUCACCCUGCUGUCAAGGAUUUGCAGACCCAGCGCUACCUAGAAGUCAUGUAUAAGCCUGAAGUGCGGGUUUCGAAGAAUUACCCGGUGCAAGGCCUAACAAGAGAAGGGGAGCCCCUCGAACUGUCCUGUUCCGUUUUUGGAAAACCACAGCCUACGGACAUGAGAUGGUUAAGAGUAGAUGAUGAGAUGCCUCAACACGUUGUACUGUCUGGUACAAACCUUCUCAUUAGUAACCUAAACAAAACAGAUAAUGGUACAUACCGCUGUGAGGCUUCAAACGUGGUGGGGAAAUCAUAUGAGGAUUACAUGCUGUUUGUAUACGAUCCCCCUACAACUCUCCCUCCUCCCACAACAACCACCACCACCACCACCACCACCAUCCCUACCACCAUCGCAGACACAACGGCGACGACAGAACCGGCAGUUCACGGCUUUACUCAGUUGCCAAAUUCGGCAGAGGAGCUGGACUAUGGGGAUCUCUCAGAUUCUCGAGCAGGUGAGGAAGGGUCGAUAAGGACCGUGGACCACGCAGUGAUCGGCGGAGUCGUCGCCGUGGUGGUGUUCGCAAUGCUCUGCCUGCUCAUCAUAUUAGGGCGAUACUUUGCGAGACAUAAAGGUACAUACUUCACUCAUGAAGCCAAAGGAGCAGACGAUGCAGCCGACGCAGACACAGCGAUAAUCAAUGCAGAAGGAGGACAGAACAACUCCGAAGAAAAGAAAGAGUACUUCAUCUAGAUCAGCCUUGGUUCCAAUGAGGUGUCCAACCGUGGACAGUUACUGGCCCAAUUUAGAUGAUAAAGAGACAGUGAUGUUGAAAGUUGCGACCAGCUUGUGUCUUUUUCUUUUUCCUUUUUUUGUUUUUCUUUUUUAAACGAAUGGGUGGAGAGAUGCGAGACUACGAGGGUCCGGGAUUUGCUGUGUAAAAAUGUUCUUUGUAAAGUACACUCUGCUGUUCGACACCUCAGCUUGUUUGGGUUUUAUUUUUUGGCCAAGUCCAGCUUGGAUUUAGUUUAGUUAAGUCAUUUGCAGAAAAUUCUGUGCCUUGUUUUUUUUGUUCGUUUGGGUUUUGGUUUUCUGGGAGGGGGAGCGGGGGGCCGGGGUCUGUGUGUGUGUUCGUUUCUUCUUUUUUUUCCCCCUUCCUAUUCUCUUUUUGGAAUUGCCUGCUGGGAACCCUUGGAAUAGGUUUAUUUUUUCAAGUCUUUAUUUUUUUUUCCCCCUUUUGUUUUAUCUCUACUCUUUUUUCCGUUCAGAUCUCGAUCUCAUCAGAGGAGAACCAGCACACUUAAGAUUUCAUCGUUUGCAAUUCAUUGUAUCCAUAACCCAUUCUUCUCUGUUGUCGUAAAGGUUUGGAUGAGCAAGCGCUGGGGACGGUUUGUGGCUGCCCAUGUUUCAAAUGCUUUAUGUGGUGGAGACUAGAAAAUAGGCUGUGACUCAGAAAAUGUACUCCGGUAGCUGUGGAGAGACAUUACUGCACAGGGUUAUCUGCAAGUGAGGCAUGUCACUACGUGAUUGAAUCUGUCUUUAAUUCUGUGUCUGUAGACUGCUCUCGGUGUAGGGAUCCUCGCGCUGUCUGGACAGGUUCGGGGCAUGAAGGGAUCCUCUUCCUUGUUGCCCUGAACAAACCUGACAGAUGAGGGCUGUUCCUUUUAUGCAAGUGGACAAAUUUGAGUGGCCACAGGAGGGAAAGAGAGAGUGGGGGGGGAGGUAUUUCUGCUCUGAUUAUUUCUCUUCCAAACAGUCCUGUCAAGCGUCCCCAGUCGGCUUUACUUCUCCUUAAUUUGUCGGAAAAAGAGGGACAAAAAAAACAAAAAAAAAAGUCUUUGCGGUGUGCAAAGGGCUGUAAACGAGCAGUUUUUAUUUUCUUCUUCCUCCUCGCCUUUGUGCUUGGUUAGGGAAGGCGGCUGGCUGCGGUCUGCAUGCGCUCGGUAUUGCAGAGCUUUGUCCUGCUGCGAGAUCCAACAAGAGGCUGUGUGAAACUUUCAUUCGUUCAGAUUUGGACUCGACAAAGGCAGGAGGGACAAAAGAAGGGCCGGGAUUGUUUUCAUGCUGGCCUGCCCUGCCCUGUGUCUCCGUUCGGCAAAGGUCAGAGGAGAGGUGCAAAGAACAGUAUGUGGGCUCUUUCACGUACUUAAUCAAAACUCAAAUGCUGAAUGGGGUUUUUUUUUUUCUCUCUUUACCUUUCAUACCCUAGCCUUGGCCUCGUUCCUCAGCCUCAAGAGCCAUCUGCCAACAAAUUACUGAUCCUUGCAUGAUGGCAGUCGUGAUGCACAGCUACUAAAAAUAAGUUACCUUGAAAAUGUUUUAGGUUCGAAGCCCUGGGAGACGUUGGAAAAAUAAAACGGAUUUAUUUAUUUUUUCUUCCUCCUGGCAGGGGAAAUGUAGGAAUUUGCAUUCGAGAUUGCAGGGGAAAUUGGGUAGAAACCAGGAGGUGAGGAAAGUCUUUUGAGUUUCGGAGCGGGGAUGGAGCUGCAGACAGGCCCUGAUAAGAAGCUGGCAUUAAAGCAGGCGGUACGGAGGGGAGGCCACUGACUGAGUCAUCUUGGAUUUUAAGAGAUGCUAAUUUUUUUUUUAUGCUUUACAUAGAAAUUUGACACUGAUUUAAGCGGGAAAAAUUGCGCCUAAGUGUCAGCAAUUGGGGGAUUUUUAGGAAGCAUUUUUUUUUUUAAGCUGUGUGAAUUUUCCUUUUUAAUUUUUGGCAGCGCUUUUCAUAGGCCAGCAUGAAAAAGGGAAAAAAAAGAAAAAAAAAAAAAAAAAGCCCUCUUAAGCAGUAUUCUGUCUUUUCCCCUCCUUCAAAAACCCUUUAGAAAAAAGGGAGAGUCACAAAAAAGGACCGUUUUUCAAGAAAAUGUUGUCAAGUACAGCUCUUUUCUGAGCCUUACAUCCAAGGAUGAGAAGCAGUUAGCUUGUCAUGGAAAGGUUUUUGGGGGGCUUUUUACACGCGGAUCACAGAAUUGGCAUACUGUUUUUGAACAGCCCAUCUUUCUGUUUUGAAAGUGUACAGUAGUGCAGUGUUACCGAUGUAACUUUGACUUAAAAUGUUGACAUGUCUCAGGUUCAUGUGUUUUGAUUGGUGUUUUCCGUCUCAGGUAGAUUGCAAAAUUUUGGCCCCACACAUUGGACGAGAACAAAACAAAACGAAACCCAGGAAAUUACGGAUUUUAGUUGUAUAUUGGUUUAUGUAUUUUUUCCUUCAGUAUACAGUGCACUGUUUGAAAUGUAUUGUUGAGUAUUACUUUGUACAGGUUUAGAUCAUAAGGGUUCUUUUUUUAAGAGUGAAGAAAGAACAAACUUGUUUUUAAAGGAAUAGUAAAAAAAAUGAAGGACGUGUCACUGAUGCCAAAUAAGCUUGUUCUUGACUCACACACCAUUUUUAUUUUUUCCCCUUAGGCCAGUUCUGUUUUUAAGGUGUCCAUGGACAAUGUUACAGUGUAAGAAAAUACAUAUCCAUAUGUUCCCAUUCACAUUUUGUAUUGGUUCAUGUAUACCAUUUUUACAAAGAAAAAGAAGUACUAUAAAAUAUCUGUCUUCUUAAUAAAAAAGGUUAAUGUUACAAAACUA